AUGACUGCUCCAAUCAUUUAUGAGGACACCAUUGAAUCAAUUGAUUUGAUUGACGACAAUGUGUUGGUCGGACCUAAUUAUGACAUUUUAACGAAGCACAUAAUGCCGGGCGGUCUGGAAGUGCCGCCAAUAGGGUUGGGAUCGUCUGACGACCUCAAGAAGAAUGACAACCAAAAGAUCAGCCAAUUCUUGAACGCAAUUGAAUCCGGAUAUCGAUUAAUAGAUACGGCAUAUAAAUACGAUAAUCAAAGACAUUUGGGUUUAGCCAUCAGACAACUGAUGGACACAACAAAUAUCACUCGCAAUGACUUGAUUGUAGUGACCAAAGUGUGGAGUACUUUCCAUACGAGAGAGCGGGCCUUUGAAAACGUGAAGAUGGAGUUACAGGACUUGCAGUUUGAUUACUCGGACUUUGGUUUAAUCCAUUAUCCGAUAUCAAUCACUCCUCACGAGAGUAAUCCUCGCGAAUACUUCACAUACUCGGCCAACGGAUCCAUUCAAACCCCGUAUCCGCAGAGAGAUGUCGGCUAUUUGGAGGCGUGGAGAGGCCUGGAAGCGGCUGAACGGCUCGGUCUCGUCAAAUAUAUAGGUCUCGCAAACUUCAACAUUCAUCAAAUUAAGAGGAUUUUGUCGGUGGCUGUCGUCAAACCAGUUGUUGUUCAGGUUGAAUGCCAUCCGCUGUACCGAAACGAUAAGCUGACGAAUUGGAUAAAAGCCCACAACAUGUCUGUCAUGUGUUACUCACCGCUGAGGAAGUGUUCGCCAGAACUGGUGAACAACAAUGUACUGCAAGAAGUGGCCGACAAACAUAAGAGGACCGUAUAUCAGGUGUCGUUGCGUUGGAAUAUGCAAAGGGGACAUAUUGUGAUACCACGAUCUUUUGAUAAACACCAUCAAAAAGAGAAUUUGGAUUCACUCAACUUCGCUCUCGAUCAACAAGAUAUGGACAAAAUCAAUGCAAUACCACAAUUGCAAAAGAUUAUAUAUCCGGGAAAUCUGCUGCCUAUAAGUAUGCCCUCACAUCCCGACUAUCCCUUUGGUGAGGACGACGACAAUUGA